AGGAUUUCAGUCCAGGGAGUACAGAGCAAUAACAUAAGUGAAGUUUUUGCUUCUGAAAAACAGAAAAGAGCUUUGCAUCUUCAGAGCUAUAGCUUCUUGUGAGGAGCAACCUUCUGGGUGCAGAAGAGAGAUUGGAUUGUAAAACAGGGGAAGCUCACCAUUGACAAGUCAAGUAAUUUAUAGGCGCCUACUCAAAUCUCCGGAUCCAGCACUCUCACCUGUAUUGUAGAUAACAAUGGCCGGAGUAAUAACAAAGUUUUUUACUGCAUCACUGUUUAUGUGGAUAACUCCUGUUGCAAUAUUGUAUGGGUAUAACAACAAUCUAAUUCCUGGUUCAAGUGACUUGUCUCCCCACACUCUCACACUGUUGAGUGGAUUCCUUGCUGUUGUUUCUGUCAAUAUAGUAAUUGCAUUCUACAUAUAUAUGGCGAUGAAGGAACCUUCAGAUAAACAUGAGCCUGAUCCUGCAUUUCUUGCUGAGGCCAAAGCUAGCAUAAACCAGUGUACAACUGACGCUGGCAGCUCUUCCCAGUCCUCCAAGAAAGAAGAGUAA